AUGAGUCUGGAACGACUCAAAGAGUCUUCCGAUCCACCUCUAUUAGACCUCGGACCAGAUGUGAAACUGCUAUGUGCGCAAGGAAAACAUCGACUGGAAGCAUGUCACCUAUCAAGCACCUUAUGGACCCAUCUGUGUGAGGAGUCGUCAAACGAGAAGCCUUUCAGUGAUGUACUGUGGAAGGGGUUCAUGGCAGAUAAUUUCCGCACUGUCCUAGACAUGGGUUAUUAUGAACAAGUCUCUUAUUACCUUAAUCGAAUUUACGAGCUGUGGUCAGCAUUCUUGCCCAAAGUGCAGGGUAUGUUGUUGGACAUAGAGAUGGUAGAGUUCCUGGAGGGUAUGAUGCUAAACCAUGAUUUUGAGACGCAUUUUCCCGCGGGUGGAAGGGGACCAAACCAGGGAGAGGUUGUAGGCUAUAGUAGAAGGUUCCAGAAGGAUCAUUCCUAUAUAUACUAUGGUGGAGGACCUCACGUUUUUGGCGCCAUGUGCUGCAGCUCUAUAACAUUUAUAUCCCAAGGAGACUAG